CUGUGGUAUUAAUUGAGGUAUUUUUUGUGCCUGGCAACAUUAUUCGAACCGAACUCCUCUUCGACGUGCAAGACAUAUCGGAGUUAAAGUAGAAAAACCUUAUUUAUUCCAAAAAAAUGGCUUCAAAGGCACUUAAAAGCCCCCUCGUUCGUCAUGUUACGGCUCGAGGUUACGCCCAGGCAGCCCCUGGAGUCAAAAAGGAUCUGAAGGUUGCUACUGCUGUUGCCCCUAACAAAGUGAUUGCCGCCUCACUGGACAAUGGCUCUCCCCUCACCCGUGUCACCAUCGCUUUCAAAGCUGGUUCCCGCUAUGAGCCUCAGACUGAGCUGGGUCUGUCACAUGUCUUGCGCUCAGCCGCCGGUCUGUCCACCAAGAAUGCCAGCGGUUUCAUUACCGCAAGGAAACUCGGCCAGAUGGGAGCCUCUGUCAGUGCGUCUGGAGACAGGGAGUUCAUCUAUUACACCCUUGAAGCCACUCAGGAGCAUGCGCUGGAGGCCCUGGAGCAGCUCAACAACAUGGUGUCCGGGCAGGAGUUCCGCCCGUGGGAGCUGAGCGACAACACGCCGCGCCUCAAGUACGACCUGGCUGCUCUGCCUCCUCAGGUCCGCGCAGUCGACCUCCUCCACCGCGCCGCCUACCGCCGCGGGCUUGGCAACUCUCUCUUCGUGUCGCCGAAGCGCAUCGGCCACGUCUCCUCCGAGUCGCUGCAGCACUACGCCGCCUCCACGCUGCUGCCCACACGCUGCGCUGUCGCCGUCGUCGGAGAGAACAUGGACAAGGCAACUCUGGCUGCGCAGGCGCUGGUGCUGCCGAACAGCGCCGAGGCUCCCACAGAGGCCACCAAGUACUUCGGCGGUGAAUUGAGGAAGGAGAUGGGCGGAGACUUGGCUCACGUGGCCCUGGCGGUGCAGGGCGCGCCCGCCGGCUCGUCCCAGGCCCUGGCUCUCGCUGUAGCAGCUAAGGCUUUCGGCCACGGCCCGCUCGUCAAGUGGGGCUCCUACAACUCCCCGCUGGCCAAGGCGAUCGGCAACAUCGGCCCGUUCGCCGCCGCCGGCUUCAGCGUGGCCUACUCCGACAGCGGCCUGUUCGGCGUCGUGCUGACCGUGCCCAAGGAUGAGGCUAAGACCGCGGUUUCGAACGCGGCCAAAUUCCUCCGCGGCGCCACCCUGAGCGCUGACGUCAUCAAGGCAGCCAAGAACCAGCUGAAGCUGCAAGUGCUGAGCGAGGCCGACGACGGUGCCUCCCUGGCCGAGUCUCUGGCGGCGCAGUGCCUGUACACCGGCACCGCCAAGUCGCCGCUCGAGAUCGCUGCCAGCAUCGACGCUCUGUCUGAGAGUGAUGUGUCACAGGCUGUUUCUGCUGCUGCCAAGACAAAGCUGUCCAUGGGAUCAGCAGGAAACUUGGCAUUUGUCCCAUACGCAGAUGAAGUUUAAAGUUUUAGCGCCAUUGUGUAGAUUAUUUAAAUAUAUACCAACAUAACAAGUGUUUACAGAAAUUGUAAAUUAUGAUUUAUAAAUAUAAUUUAUUGUUCAACUUUUAAAUAAAUGUGACUCCAUGUUUUUGUUAAUAAGA